UUGAGCGCCAGGCGGAAAAGAUGCAUAUGCAACUCGCCAAGCUGUGCGGUGACAGCAAGGGACUCAAAAGAAGUGCACAUUAUCAGGUAAUUUUUAUGAGUGUUUCACCAGGUAUAUGGCCCAGUUUUAGCUCAGCACUUUAGUCCAUACUGACUUGGAAUAGUGCCAGGUCCAUUUGCAAGUCGGAGUGAGUGCCUGCCGGCUAAGUAGUCUGAUCCACAGGCACCAACUGCAGCAGAGGAUCUGUCUAGAGUAUUGUUAUGCAAGCAGGAAGGGAGCAGUCCCACUUUGAUCCAGACGUCGGACGGAGGCUGAGAUGCUGUGGUCCUGAAUGCUGUUGGAGCUGGAGGCUGCUGAAGGUUGCUUCUGUCCCGUCGGGGAAUUUGCAUAUCGGACAGUAGACACAGCACAGUGCACGGAUAAGCCACUCUGCACAGUCACAGCAUAAGAAGGAUGGACUGCAGAACAUCUCAUCGGCCGGGCAUCAAAAUGCUCUGAGCUGCAACUGCUUUUUUUUGCUAUCAUCUCAUUAAGUUCUUUAAGCCUAGAUUAUCGAUCUGACUUGAGUGACCCUGACCAGCCAUGAGUGGUGGAGUGAAUAUCAAAGUCAUAUCUCAGAGUCAGAGUGACGCAACUGUCAGCUCAACUCUGCCUUUGCCCCGCAGCAUGGUGCCCCUCGCCAAGAUGGAUCCCAGACAACAGUACAGCAGCCUCCCCAAUCCCACAGUGCAGUAUCAGCAAGCAGCCAAACGCCGGCCCUCCUACUCCUCGUUGUCCACGUCCUCAGGUUCUACGGAGCUGCUCAGAGGCACCGCCCUGAAGAACCACCUGCUGCAGCAAAAGGCCGGCAUGUAUUCCCAUCGAAGCCCAGCAGCUACGGAGCGAACCGAUGGGACGUGCUCGGCGUACAGCAGUCCUCAGGUACCGAAGAGAGAGGUCCCAAGAUCAAAGGACACCCUGGACAUCCGUGCCAGUGCUCUGACCCAGAAAGCUUUGCGAGACCUCCAGCUGAGACGAAACACGAACAAGAACUGGACCUUUGGUAAAUAUCGUCUGAGGAUGGUGGACAAUACAGAGGAGAACAACACCUUGCGCCAGUUCUCAAGUAACGUGCAAUCAGGCCAAGGAGGAGCACGUCUGCUUUAUUCUAAAGGUUCGAAUGGGAAUGAAAUAUCUGGGAUGUCUCUGGCUGUGAUGGGGAACGUCCACAAAGACAUGAGAAAUACCUCUAACCAGGACCUGAGGGCUUCUGAAGGAGGGGUGUCCAGUGACAAAUCCAGGUCUUCCUAUCAAACAUUCAACAUGCCACACAGAGCUAGUGAGCCAGGGAAGGUGAACAUGGCUGCUGUUGCUCCCUUCAGGUUCAGGUUUCAGGUCCAGGAGGAGAUGGAUGCCACACUGGAUGAUUUGAGUGACUGCUCCUCUGACUCCAUGGAGGUCUGCUGUGAUGAGCCCGGAGGCAUGCUUGGAAAUAGUGUCAAAGGCAGAGAAGGAGAUUUGAAGAUGGAAAGAACGGACAGCACAAAGGCAUAUGGCCAAGCAGAAGGCAAAGGAGUUGGUAUGGCAGCUAAGAGGGCCAAGUCUGGAGUGCCCCAGAGCACACAGCGGGGUGAACUAAAGGUUUACAGGGCAGGUAGUUCUGAGGGCAGACUACCAGUGUCCUCCAGUCUCCGCAAGCAGAGGUCCAUGACAAACUUGGCCGUACUCACUGAUGCCGAGAAAAAGUUGCACCUUUAUGAGCCCAAGUGGUGUGAUGACAUGGCCAAGCCUGGGGCAGGGCAAAACAAGACGGGCAAGCCAAAGACAGCAGGGGGGGGCAGCACUGCCGGAGGGGGUGCCCCUCUUUCUCGAAACCUUUCCAAAUCAGAGCAUUCACUGUUCCAGGGCAAACCCAAGCCCUUCAGCCCGUUGGCUGCUCCUACUGCCCUGAGCAAGCAGAGCCGAAUACCUCGUGGUCCUUACGCUGAGGUGAAGCCUCUUAGCAAAGCACCUGAAGAUGGGAAGUCCGAUGAUGAGAUCUUGUCCAGCAAGGCCAAGGCCGGUGCAAAGAAACAGGGAGCUGGGGCCGGGGGUGUGUCUGGAUCCAAAGGCCAGGGGGAUGAAGGGGACGACAAAGCUUUCCUGAAGGUGGACCCAGAGCUGGUGGUGACAGUGCUGGGUGACCUGGAGCAGCUGCUUUUCAGUCAGAUGUUAGACCCUGAGUCACAGAGGAAGCGGACCGUGCAAAAUGUCCUCGACCUUCGGCAGAAUUUGGAAGAUACAAUGUCUAGUCUGCGCGGGGCCCAGCUUAGUCAUAGUUGUAUGGACAGCACUAAUGUGGGCUACGAUAGUGACGAGACCAAUGCUCGCAGCAUAUCCAGCUUGUCCAACCGCUCAUCACCUCUGUCCUGGCGCCAUGGACAGUCCAGCCCUCGUCUUCAAGCGGGUGAUGCGCCGUCCUCAACGGGCGGAGGGUACCAGGGGGGUAAGACGGGCUCCCAGUACACGGCCCAUACCAUGCCUGCUCGCUGCUCCAGCCGCCUCAGCAGCACUUCUCGCAUUGAACUCAUUGAAGGGCUGGAUGUUGACGACACUGACCUCAAGUCUGGUUACCUGAGCGACAGUGACCUUUUGGGAAAGAGCCUGCCCGAUGAUGAUGAUGACAACCUCGCUAAUGGUUGGGAUGAGAGCAGCUCCAUCAGCAGUGGGCUCAGCGAUGGUGAUGGCGAAGGGUCAGAGAAUCUCAGUUCAGAGGAGUUCAACGCUAGCUCUUCUCUCAACUCCCUCCCUAGCACACCCCUGGGAUCCAGACGUAACUCCUCUGCUAUGCUCCGCACAGAUGCAGAGAAGCGCUCUCUGGUGGAAAGUGGACUGUCCUGGUACAGUGAGGAUGGUAAAGCCAGCCAAAAGCUCAGCUGCAGCUAUGACACAGGAAGUCUUAAGACAGAGGCCCCAAGCAAGUGGCGAAAGAAGCCUCCAAGCCUCAGUGAAGAUUCAGGAAGUAAAGGAGAACUGAAGAAGCCUCAAAGUCUGGGCCAGCCAGGAAGCUUCAAAAAGGGCAGGAAUCCUCCUGUGGGAGUCACGUCCCCCAUCACCCACACUUCUCAGAGCAUGCUGAAAGUAGCAGCCCCUAAAAGUGAGAGGCCAUUGGACAAAUCCAAGAUUUCAGUCAAAACUGCUGGUCUGCAGCGGUCUCGAUCAGAUGCUGGCCGGGAUCAUCACGGAGAACACCGCAAGCCCCCGUCAGGGUUGGUAAAACCCACCGCUGGAGCCUCCUUUGGUUACAAGAAACCACCGACAGCCACCGGUACUGCCACCGUUAUGACAGCAGGGGGCGCCACCAUCUCCAGUGGCUCUGCUACUGUGGGGAAAACGCCUAAGUCCUCUGGCAUCCCUGUGAAGCCUGUUGGAGGAGGAACACCCUCGGGUCGCAAGAACAGCUUUGAUGCCAGCAGCGAGCAGAGCUUCCUGGGGCCAAAUGCCCGGAACAGCAUACAGUACCGCAGCCUGCCUCGCCCAGCCAAGUCCAGCACCCUCAGCGUUAUCGGCCGCCCUGCAUCUCGGCCCGUCAGCGGUACCAUCGACCCCGGUCUGCUGAGUCUGAAACCCGUGUCCAUGGGCUCUGCAGGGCCCAGGGUCAAAGAAUUGAGUAGCUGCAGCAGUAAAAUGGGUAAUCGAACAAGCACAGGCCCAGUGAACCAGACAGACCGAGAGAAGGAGAAGGAGAGAGCCAAAGCCAAGGCUGUGGGAGUGGACGUAGACUGUGGGUCUCUAAAAGGACAGGAUGCUCAGUCUGAAUCCACAGGAGAGUCGACUGUCAAACUGCACGGCCUGAGACGGACCAGCAGCAGCAAGUACCCCGAACUGUCCUCACCCACCACACCAAGGAUGCUAAAUACUAAAUCCCUUGGUCGCCCACCGAGUUUGGCUCAUCUGGACAAGAUGAACUCCAACAGUCUGGACUCCUGCGUGACCAUCCAGGACCUCCCUCCCAAAGUCCCUCCGUAUUCCAAACUUCAGGACCUGGCUGGUUCCCACACCACUCGCCUCACCCCCAGCCCGGCGCCCGUGCUCCACAUCGACUCCCCCAGCUCUUUCACCACUGACACCCUCAGUGGGUCACCGCUGCUCUACCCGAAACUGUCCGGCAUGCACCGCAGCAUGGAGUCGCUGCCCCUGCAGAUGAGCGUACCUGCCAGUGCGAGGUUCUCUACCACUGACAUGCAACACAAGGAAGAAAGGAGUACAGGAACCUGGGGGGCCGGGACCAGGACUUCCCUCAACCUCACAGAAAGCUUGCAAACAGACAGAAAUACUUUUCCGAAGAAAGGCUUAGAACGUUAUGGCUCAAGCUUGUCAGAAAGCGAAGGAAGCAAACCAGGCCGACGCCACUCCCACAACAUAGUCAGCAUGACAGACAGCGAUAGCCCCCCUCAGCUGCCCUCCCCCACCCGCCCACUGCACCCCUCGUCUGGCAAGGUUCCUCUCACCAACGUGGUUGCCCCAAUUUCCAGCGGCACCCCGAGGAUAUCACGCUCCAACAGUAUCGGCCCCCCCAGUGAGUCUGCAGCCGAUCUGUACGGAUCGUCCCCCUUGUGCAGCAGUAUGUCCCUGACUGACCGUCCAAAAAGCAUGAUGCGUUCAGGGUCUUUCCGUGAACCAGGGGACGAUGUGCACGGCUCUGUUCUCUCUUUGGCGUCUAAUGCUUCAUCCAACCAUUCCUCUAAUGAGGAGAGGAUACAAGGGGAGCAAAUCCGUAAGCUAAGGCGAGAACUGGAGUCUUCCCAGGAGAAAGUUGCCGACUUGACCAUGCAGCUUUCUGCCAACCAGCUAGGCCAGGCUAAUCUGGUAGCAGCCUUUGAGCAGAGUCUGGCGCUGAUGACGGCACGCCUGCAGACGCUGUCCGCCUCCUCUGAUCAGAAGGACAUGGAGCUCACUGAGCUGAAGGAGACCAUCGAGGUACUGAGGACCAAAAAUACAGAGGCCCAGGAAAUCAUUCAUGGAGCGCUCAAUAAUCCUGACAUCGACACACCGAAAGAAUUACUUAUCAACCGCCAGAACUCCUCUGAAAGUAUCUCCAGCCUCGCCAGCACCACCAGCCACUCCAGUAUGGGCAGUUUGAAGGAGCAGGAAGCCAAGAAGAAGAAGAAGAAAAGCUGGGUCUUUGAGUUACGCAGCUCCUUCAACAAGGCCUUUAGCAAGAAGGGCUCUAAACCAUCUGGAUCGUAUGCUGACAUUGAGGAGAUUGCCACCCCAGAAUCCUCAGCACCGUCGUCUCCUAAAGUCCACCACAAUGUGGAUAAUCCUCCAUCGUCAAUCAAAUCCUCAGUCUCUGCUUCAUCUUCAGGACUGUGUGAAGGGGGUGAGGUGGCGGAUGACAAGGUUGUAUCCGAGCUGCGUUCAGAGCUGUGGGAGAAAGAGCGUAAACUGACAGACAUCCGCCUCGAGGCUCUAAGCUCCGCCCAUCAGCUGGAGCAGCUGCAGGAGGCCAUGACCAGCAUGCAGAGGACAGUGGAGAACUUGAAGACUGAGAAUGACCAUCUGAAGACAGGUGGGCUGUCCCCUUGUCCAUCUCCUGGACCGUCCAACUCUGUCUCCCAGUCCUCAGGUCUUACCACUCUGGGAAAUUCAUCGCCACGCCAGUCAGUAGCCAUGCACAUGCCCAAAAGCUACAGCAGGGGCCUGAGCGAGGGGAGCAGCUCAGAUGUGUUCUCUUCAGAUUCCGUCAGCCUUUCUUCACAGAGGGAUGAUCACCGCGUCAGAGUGGUGGUGUGUGUUGCAGAUUUACACGUCUUCAAAGAUGAUGUUAAACAGCAGGAUUUCUUCAUCGGCACUGUGAGGGUGAAUGGGAGAAUGGACUGGCCGAUGCUGGAUUCGGCGGUCAGCCAAGCCUUCAAGGUCUACGUAGCCAAGGUGGAUCCCACAGCCAGUCUGGGCCUGUCGACUGACUCCAUUUACAGUUACAGCAUGGGCCACAUUAAGAGGGUUCUGGGAGGAGAAGCACCUGAGACACAACCCUCUCGCUGCAUGUCCCGAGGCCCCAGUAGCAUCACAGUGGCUCUGAAAGGUUUGAAGGAGAAGUGUGUGGACAGCCUGGUAUUUGAAACUCUCAUUCCUAAACCCAUGAUGCAACACUACAUCAGUCUUUUACUCAAACAUCGCCGCCUCAUCCUGUCUGGACCAAGCGGGACGGGUAAGUCCUACCUCGCUUCCCGUCUGGCCGAGUACCUGGUGGACCGCAGCGCCCGGGAAGUCACGGACGGCAUCGUUGUCACGUUCAACAUGCACCGCCAGUCAUGCAAGGAUCUUCAGCUCUAUCUUUCCAAUCUGGCCCAUCAGAUUGAUAGGGAAAGCAGCACGUCAGAAAUACCACUAGUUGUGAUUCUGGAUGAUAUCCACGACCCCAUGUCCAUCAGUGAACUCGUCAAUGGUGCUCUUACCUGCAAAUACCACAAAUGUCCUUACAUUAUUGGAACAAGUAAUCAGCCAGUGAAGAUGACGGCGAACCAUGGCCUGCAUCUCAGCUUCAGGAUGGUGACCUUCUCCAACAAUGUGGAGCCAGCCAAUGGCUUCCUGGUACGUUACCUGCACAGGAAAAUGAUGGAGUCAGAGGAUGAGAGGAACUUAACAAAUGAAGACCUGAUCAGGGUGUUGGACUGGGUUCCUAAACUCUGGUAUCACCUGCACACCUUCCUGGAAAAGCACAGCACAUCGGACUUCCUCAUUGGCCCGUGCUUUUUCCUGUCCUGUCCAGUCACUGUGGAUGAGUUUCGAUCAUGGUUCAUUGACCUUUGGAACCAUUCGAUUAUCCCGUAUCUGCAAGAAGGGGCAAAGGAUGGCAUCAAGGUCCAUGGCCAGAAGGCGGUAUGGGAGGACCCAGUGGAGUGGGUGAGGGGUACCCUGCCUUGGCCGUCUGCCCAGCAGGACCAGGCAAAGCUGUUCCAUCUGCCUCCCCCGAGCAUAGGCUCCAGCAGCCCCGGUCAGGCCAGCGAAGAGAGGCCCCAUAAGGAGACUCCACCCAGCUCCAUGGAAUCUGAUCCACUGAUGGCAAUGCUUUUAAAGCUUCAGGAAGCCGCCAAUUACAUUGAAUCCCCAGACAAAGAAGAUCCUAGCCUGCCGAAACUUUGAACAAAAGGCUAACACUUAGACUUAGGCACUUCAGAUAGUUUUAAGCAUUUUAUUUGGUCCACUCUAGUGGUGCAUUCAGGAAAACAAACACACAAACCCUCAGAAAUGGCUGUAGGACAUGUUUUAAACUGUCAUUCCCAGCAAGAUGUUGAAAGUGUGACUGAAAUUUAUUUCCACAUCAUUUUAAUACAUACAGUAUUUUCAAAAGGCAAAUAUUUACAAGUAUUAAAUGAAAACUAUAUUGUCUUACUCUACACAGUUUGAAUCUCAUCCGCUUCAGUUCAGAUCUCCGUAUCACCACUUUAGCCCUCAGUACUUGUAGAUUGGUGCUAAUAGAUCAGUAUGAAACUCGUCGUCUCAGCACUUAAACUUCAGGUGAUGACUGAGUUCCUGUCAAAUGGAGCGAUUCUCAAUUAAUGCUCAUUUAUUUUUGGAAAAGAGUAUGACAGCAUGACUACUAUUUAUUGCAAAGUUCUGUGGUACAUAUCUACUGUAUAAGUCUUUGAAGGCUAAAUCUUAUACAUAUGCAAUCCUGAACUUUACAACCCGAGCAGGUGAAACUCUUAAAAUGCCUUAACAACAAAGACGUCAAUGUCAGUUCAACUUUAGCAGACUAUACUGGUGCUUUUGUCAACGUCAUCACGGCUAACAUAGCUAUUUUUUCCAAUUUUCUGCAUUUAUUUCAGUUAAUCAGUAUUUAAUUAAGAAUAGCGUCGUUGGAUAACUUGUCAUUUCUUACAUUUUAACAUCUUUUAUCUUUAUUUGUGUGGUUUUAAAGCUGACAAGUUUAACCUGCUGUCAUACUCUUUUUGCAUAAAACAAAACCUAUUUAUCAGUGAUGUCAGGUCAUCACUUCUCCACUGCAUGGUGCCAGUUUCCAAGCACUUAACUUAGUUCAAUGAACGGCUUUAUGUAAAGAGUAGUGUCUCCACUAUUGCCAUAUGUAUCAGGUAUUAAAUACUUACUACACAGGGAUGAUACAACAAAAACUCUCUGAAAGUAAAUUCAGCAAAUGCUAUUUAAGUCCUUUUUUUGUUUUGGUGAGAGUACAGUUGUUUUAAAUCUUCCCCCCAUAUUUAGAGUAACUAUUCUGUAUAUACUGUGUGUACAUACCAUCAGGCUACAUUGCAGUUAUUUUAUCUACAUUAGUUGCUUCAUGCAAAUAUUUAUCAUUCUGAACCAAAUAAUGUAUUGAAACUUUAACCUUGCAUACCGACUGUCGCGUUAAGGGUUUAAAUUCCACUAUGAAUGUAUAGAAAACACUUAUAAAACAGUAUCACACAUCUAGUAGGUGCUUUUUAAACAGAAGCCUUAUCAUAAAGCUUCACUGUAAACACUUUUAACAACGGCUGAAUAGAGUGACUUUAAAGCUACCUAUGCUCAUUUCAUUUUCAAGUUUUCACGCACCCCCCACAAGCUGAGAACUCUCCGUUAACGUCGCUCAUGCGUAAGAUCAUCAUCUAGGUAUGUACGGUGCUCUUUUAACAAUAUCCCCAGACUGUUCAGUGUUGAGUAAAGGUCAUUUAGACAUUCAGGUUUAGACUAGCAAAAGUUGUGUGUCCUAGAAAUGUCUAAAAGAAAUGUGAAAUAGAAAUAUUUUUUUGGGAUGUGUCGUGGAAGAAAUGUUUAUAUGACAUUAGGUAGAGACAGUGAAGCUUUGUGGACAAUGUGCAGUGUUGAUGCAGUCGUACGUGAGAACAUUUUGGAUACACAGCACAGCCAUGACGGAUAAAACAUGUUACAUGAAGUUCAAGGUGGUGUCGGAUAACCCAUUUGUGUAUCAUUGUUUAGGUGCUCACAUAUAAAUAGAUAUAUAAAUAUAAAUGCUGUAAAUGAAUGUUACACCACUUUUAUGACAGCUUGAUAAGAAAGUUUCCUACUUUAAACUGUGUCUGAGCUGCUUAUGCUUUGUUACUGCACUGUUUGCUUAAGACUGAGCAAGCAAAACUUCAAGCUAAUGCACAGCUCCGAUUGGUUACCACGAAACUCUAAGAUGUUUUAGGAAAAAGCAAGACGCCAAAAAACAGCCAGUGAGCGCCACCCAGGCUUCACGCCAAUUGAGAAUGAAUAUUGUGAUUGUAAAUAUUUCAGAUAGACAGUAUUACCAACCCCAGCCUGGUCUGAAAAGCCAUUGGUUCGAGUUUCUCAUCUCAUUCACUGGUUGUUGUGCCUGUUGCUCUGUAGUAACUGUGAUUUGUGUUCGCUUACUAGUAUAUCAGGACUAUGCAGCAACUUUUACUGGUGUUGGCAAUCAACAAAUGUUUGAACUUCUCUUACAAACAAAGCAUGUUUUCAUCUGGUCUGUCUCGGUUGGACCACUUCGGACCAAAAUUGCAUCACAGGAUAAAAAAAAAAAAAAAAAAAAAUGGAAGCUUGUUAGCAGGUGAUGCUACUGUAAGCCUUAAAGAGAGGAGGAGAUGUUUGCCGUUGAGUUGAAGACAGGGUUCUUAGAGGUAGUUAGGAAGCUCUUUUAUGUGUUUUGUCCUUAUGAAUGGCAACAAAUGUAUUCUAACCAAACAUGUAAUAAAUGGUCAAAUGACGGUAAACAAAAAAAAAAGAUUAAUAAAAAUCAGAUUAUUAUUCGGAAAUAGUUUGCAACAAUCAAGCACUUCAAUCUGACUAUUGAUGACAAAAAAGAAUUGAUACAGGAAUAAAUUGGAAAUCUUAGGCCAAUACAGGUUGCUGAAUAGUCAUACUUUUUGCCAAGCUUGUUGUGGACUAAACUUAAAUUAAAAAGAAAAAAAAUUGUUAUGCGGUAUCUUAUGUCACUGACGUGCAAAUGUUAAGGGUUUCUAAGUGUUGUACAUGCAUGUAAACUUGCUGUGUGAUGAGAAAAACUGUCAACAUUAAUGUAUUGUUGAGGAAGAUCAUUCUAGAUGAUGUGUUCCUUUUUAAUACUCAGAUAUUUGAUAUUUCUUUUUUUUUUUUUUUCUAAAGACUCCUUUGUAAAACUUAAUUUCUCUAUUUUGUACAGGACAUCAUUGUAAAGACUGUAAAUAGGUCAGCAUUCUGGAUGCGGCAACAAUCAUUGAGGAGGGAAAAGAAAAAAUAAACAUCCUUAAGAGAUCAGUAUAUUUCUUCAGAGUCGGGUCCAAUAUAUGGAUAAGGCAUGCUUCUGGAGGCAUUCAUCCACCUAUCACUGUUUGUUGGAAUCAAUAAAAUACAUGUUAUAUUUA